AUGAUCAUUCACCAUGUCAUAAUACCUAGUAGCAAUAUUUUUUGGGUCAAUUUUGCUGAAACAGUUGGAAAGUACGCCGAGAAUCGGGCUUUCGACCUCAUGUAUUUGUCAGGGACAUGCAUUCCCGCGCUGACUGAAAUACAGGCCCUCCAUGACCAGCCGCACUUGUGCUCACGAACAGAUAUCAGUAUAACUACUACUCGUACACCACAAGCUCUCUGCCAAGUCAUAUACCAGGGUGCUUUAACCCUCCGCUCAUAUCUAUCUGACGAGGCAUCCAUGCUCGGUACCAAGGUGGAGGACCCCUUCAUAGCAUUUUCUAAUUUGGCCUCGUACUAG